AUGAGUGAUAUAUUAAGUGGUAGCUCGGGUGCACUGCUUGGUUGUUGGUCUGUUCGCCGAGCUUGGCAGUUGAACUGCAAACGUUUCAUCGCCAAUCGAAGCGACAUCGUCAGUGCAGAGUUGACUGACGAUGUCACCUCUAUUGGUGAUGAAACGUCUGCAAUCCAACUGACAAGCUCGAUGGCGGGCAUACCCGUAUCUCGGAUUCAUUCUAUCUCUCGUGCAGUCGGUUAUUCUGACAAUAGAAAACGGGACUUUGAUAACAAAGGACCAAUCAUAUUGAAGAAAAUAAUACCCAACGAGAAUGGAAAAUUCCAUGUCGACCAAAGGACUUUCAGAAUGGACCAUAACGUACCAAUCAAAAAGGGGCAUGAAACACUCUAA